AUGAUACCAAGUACAAAUGUUGCUGCUGGCACCGAUGCUUUUCUAUUAACAAGAAGACAGCUCGACCAAAUUGGAAUUUAUGCUACAACUGACUUUGAAGCUGCGCAGAAAGUUUUACCAACAACUUUCUUGUGUUUUUGCGAUGUGACGCACUUUGCUGCGGCUUUAUGGGUGCUGCCAUUGACCUACGAAUUGUCCAAGAUUGCUACCAAGUCUAUGGAUCGAGGCAAAGGCAAGGAACAGGCUAAAAUUCGUAUGUACACCAUAAUAGGUCACGCUCUGAUCGCGUGCUUUCUGAUCGUCGAAGUGGUGCUGACUACUAUCGGGGAUGAAAGAUCUAGACACUCGUACCAAGUAGCACUAUGCACCUACAUUAUGCAAGUUAUCACGCUUGUCUAUAUGGGGGUGGUGCUUUUCCGGCUUAAGUCUAAGGGCCGAGAUGUUGAAUCGAUCAAUGGCCAGUUUGAAGCUUCUCCAGUGUACCAGCGAAUUAAGAGAAUUAUGUUCGCGUACGCGCUGUUUGCACUUCAGUACAAGUUUACGUCGCUUUUCAUGUACAGGUUUGUUCCUCGCAAUGAAGCUGCGAUAAACUUUAUUGGGAUUAGCCAAAUAAUGUACAAUGCCACUGGAUUUGCGCUUGCGCUCUGCACAGGCUGCAGUUUACCGUGCACUAUACGUUUAUGCGGUUGCUGUAUUCCCGAUGAAAUGCUGGUUCAGUUGGUUAUCGGACCAAAUCGACUUGAAGCUUGUUGUGUGCAUCAUUGCAACGAGUCUGUGGCCCCUCCAGUAUUGAACCCGGUGUUCGUCUUCACCGACAUUGAGUCUUCCAGUGCAUUGUGGGCGAUUGGUGAUGCAAAGUUGAUGCAGCGGGCAAUUCAAAUCCACGAUGACACGCUCCGUGCCUUGCUGACACCAUACCGAGGCUACGAAAUUACCACAGCGGGCGACUCGUUUCAAUUGGCCUUUCACACGAUUCAAGAGGCUGUGUCGUACUGCCUGGAAGUACAGCUUCAGCUACUUGCGGUCAAAUGGCCCAAGGAGCUUCAUGGUAUCAUACCUUCCACAAAAAAGCAGCGCGUAGGCCAUCGAAUCAUUUUCCGGGGAUUGCGAGUGAGAAUGGGAAUUCACGAUGCUAUGGGAUCUGAUGGACAUCUUCAUCAAAGUACUCACGCUGUCACAGGUAAAACAGUCUACACUGGGGCUUCUGAGGCCAUUGCUUGCGCGGUGAGUGAUGCGGGCGCUGGCGGCCAGAUUCUGAUCACGCAACGAAUUGCUGAAUGGCUGAUGACGAACAAAGAUGCCUUAUCCAUGGAUUAUUCCGUCAACUACUUGUGUGACUACUUGGUUCCACAAGUCAAUAUGCACGUGCAUGUGUACGAAGUGCUGCCUGAAGAGCUGUCACGACGAAAAAAGGUCUUUGCGAAAGGCCAGCAUAGCCGCAUUUUGCAUGCAGCAAACCGAUCCGGAUCGAUCUCUACUACCAUGGCAGACGGUCUAGAAACGCCAAUAGGAUCACCCACGUCGUGA